AUGACUCCAAGUCGAGAGGCCCCUGCUCGCUGCCGGCUGGCGGCGGAAGCAGCUUUGAGACCUGCGGGUCUUGCACAACCCCGGAGUUUCUUCUACAUCACGGACAAAUGUGGCAGCGACGGCCCUGUGGUGCGCGUCACAAGCGUUCGCGCUGGUGAAGGAGUCCCAGCUGGGCUGGGGUGCCUGACGGCGAACAAGCCUAACACGGGCACUGAUGUGGAGCCGGAAACAAGACUGCUGGUGAACACGGACCGCAGGUCUCCAAUAGCCGACUACCGCUCCGACAUCCCUUAUCAACGCACUGCUGUCAGAGCUUUUAUCUUCAGCUGUGGAUUUCUGUUACUGCUCCUUCAUAUCCUGAGAGCUGUUAUUGCACUGGAGGAGAAGAUCAUUGUCAGUAAACUUGGUGACAACGCUACACUGAGUUGCAUUUAUCAAGGAAGAGAAUUACACUUAAAAAAUCUGCGGGUAUAUUGGCAAAUAGCUGAUGAUCAAGAAGAGUGUUCAGUUGUACAUGCACUGAUCUCUGGGCAAGACAAUGAAAGCGAACAGUGUAUUCACUUUAAAAACAGGACUCGGUUAUUCUGGGAUAGGCUGGAAAGUGGCGAUUUUUCUCUGCUACUGCUAAACGUCAGCCAGAGCGAUGAACGCACGUACAAAUGUGUAGUGCUGCAGAAAACUGAAUAUACCAGAGUGAUUCACCAGGCAGAAGUGGUUCUCAGUUUAGCAGCUAGUUACAGCCAACCAAUACUCAGUGGACCGAUAAGGAACAGUGACAGCACUGGAGAGGAGGUGACUUUUAGCUGCAGGUCCGGCAAUGGAUACCCAGAGCCCAAUGUUUAUUGGGUAAAUAAAACAGACAACAGCCACCUGCAUCCAUCACAGCUGAAGAUCACCUCCCAUGCCGAUGGCACUUACAGCGUUUUUAGCACACUGAAGGUUAAAGCCACUUCUAACAUGCAGAUAGAGUGCUCCAUAGAAAAUCAAAUACUGCGGGAAAAUCUGUCAGCCAACUACACACAGCAGAAGCAAAGCGAUGAUUCUAGCACAGAAAGUCACAAAAACCUGGGAAAAAAGGGACGAGGUCCUCAAGCAGCUGGCAUUGUUUCCGUUGUCAUUCUGAUAGGUCUUCUAGCUGUUUUAAGCUGCUGGCUGCGGAGACGAAGGUCCUCUAAACUAGUGUCCUACACAGAUGUCCAACCGAAUGAAGACAGAGGAAGACUCAAUUUAAACCCUUUCAUUGUCUGGUUUCACCAGCUGCAUGUUGUUGUGUACAGAUCGAAGUAG